UUUUCAAAUGUUGCUGCGGCUGACAGGAGCUGUCAAAACAGUCCGGUUGAAGCCAUGAGAACAAAUGAUUUUGAUUCUUCAUCAGAUGAAGAUGACAUCAGAGAAGAAGAACUGACUCCAUUCCACAUUUCAUGGAUUCCUCUCUCUGUCGUGGGCAGUUCACAGUAUCUGGGGAUAUGCGCACUUCCAGGCUGCAAGUACAAAGACAUCCGCAGAAAUUUACUGAGAGAUGUUGAGGAGCUGCAGUCUCAGGGUGUUCAGGACGUGUUUGUGUUCUGCACUAGAGGGGAGCUGAGUAAAUACCGCGUCCCGUCUCUGCUGGAGGCCUACGGUCAGAUCGGCUUCAGGGUUCAUCACAGGCCCUUCUCAGACGGAGACGCUCCAGAGCUCGAGCACUGCUGCAGGAUCCUGGAGGAGCUCAAACACAGCCUGGACAACAACCGGAGGACUGUCUUACACUGUUAUGGAGGACUGGGGCGCUCCGGGUUAAUUGCUGCAUGUCUCCUGCUUCAGCUAUCUCUGACUAUGACCCCAAACAAAGCCAUAGAGAUCCUGAGGGAGCACAGGGGAGGAGGAGCCAUUCAGACUAUUAAACAAUAUAACUUCCUUCAUGAGUUUCGGGACAAGUUUGUGCUGUACCAGGAGACCAGAGACGAGCCAAAAGAAAGAUGUGUGUCCCGGUGA